AUGAAUUUAAAUAUCAAUAUCAAAAGUGCAUUAAUUGAAGAAUUCAAAAGCAUAUUAAAUAAACCAGAUUUAAUAUACGAUCAUCAUGAUUAUGAAUAAAUUCAAAUAAUAUCAAACGAAAAGUAUUCGUUAUUAAUAAUUACAAUUAAUUCACAUGGAACUUAAGAUCAGAGAAUUGAAAUGGCUGAAUAAUUAAUCAAUCAUUAAAUAAUGAUAAAUUAAAGAUUAAGAAAUCUUGGUUUAAAUGGAAUUUUAGUAGAUAUUAUCAAAUACGAGAUUAUUAUGAAUGAUGAUUAAAUGUAUAUAAUUUGCAAAACAAUGAGACUUUCAAAUUAAAAAGGUCAAGUGAAUUUAGGAUUAGCAAAUUGCAUUGAAUUUUAUACAGGUUUAGAACUAAAGGGUGUGAGACCAUAAAUAAUUAUGCAUAUUGAAGAUUUGAGUAUGAAUAAAAUAAUACCCUUUACAUUUAUGGAUGGUAUUUUGAAUGAAGACAAUUAUGAAUUUAUAGGAUAAGUAGAUUAAUUAGACUAUUAAAAUAGUAAUAGUAUUCCUUAUUCAAAUUAAUCUGCUAUAGUUAUAAUAUAUAAUGAUCAACUUGUUUAAUUCAAAUAAUUGAAUGAAAUGAAAGAUAUUCAUAUAUUAAAGUAUUUGGAAUUGACUUCUGGUGUAAAAAUUAGUGAUGUAAUAAAGAAAUGUAGUAAAAGUAUUGUAGAUGAUAAAAUACAUUAUUUAAAUUAAAAUAAUGAAACCAUUGGAAUAGGUGAUAUUGGAGAGAGAGGAAAUGUUUAAUUAAAUAUAAAAAUAAAAUAAUAAUGUUAUACACUUACAGCAGAGUGGAAUAAUAUGAAAGAGUUGAUUGUAAUUUAUUUAUGAUUAAUGAGAAUUAAAGAAUAGAUGGAUAGUCUUUUGAGCAACUUCCGAAUAAUUUGUUUACUCCUAUAGAUAAUGCUAUCUUGAGUAAUUUUAACCAUUAUGAGUUUGAUUAAAGAGGGUAUUCAUUAAUAAUAAUUGUCUAAGUUCUUUAAUAUUUUUAAAUUGUUCUCGUUAAGGGGAUGUGAAAAACAAAGCCAUAAUAAUAAAUAAAUAGAUUAAAAGAUAAAUAUGGUUUAUUGCAUUAAAAACAUUACUUACAAUUCUAUAAAUCAAUAUAUAAAAUGCUAUAUAUUAAGAUUAAAAAUUAUAACUUAGAACCUUAUGUAAAAUAAAUUAAAAGAUACCAAUUUUACAAGUAGAAAUACAAGCUGAUCUUAAAGAAGAAGAUUUUAAUCUAAUUUUGGAUUAAUGCAAUCUUAAUCCUAAUUUAGAAUCAUUAAUACUUGAUGGUUCAAAUUUUAAAGAUUCCAUUCUUUCUGGUCUCAUAUAAGGAAAUAAUCUUAAAAGCAUUAAAGAAUUAAGUUUUAAAGGAUGUCCUAAUAUUACUGAUGAAGGAAUUUCUCUUUUGUAAAAUUUUGGAGUUUAGAAAUUAGAUUUAUCUUACACUUAAAUAUAUUUAUCAGUACCAUAAUAUUUAUAGAUUUUAAAUAUAUCAUAUAGUAAAUUUAAAGAAGAAACAUUAUUAUAAUUAUUUAGAGAUAAAUCAUUAGUGAAUUUAAUAUCUAUUAAUAUAAGUGGAUUAGCAUCUGAUAAACUUAUUUAAGUAAUUUUUAGUUGUCAUUACAAAGAACUAAGAGUUUUAAUUGCUAAUGAUUGUAAACUAUCUUUAUCUGUAUUUCAUUUUAUUCAUGAUUCUAAACAUGUAAAAUAAUUGGAUCUAUUGAGUUUUCAAGGAUCAAUUACAGAUGUUGAAGAAAGUAUCUUUAAAAAAAAUGGAUAUGCAUUGUUAGGAGCAAGCAAAACUAAAUUAAACAAGUUGGAUCUAUCAAAUUGUUAUAUAAAUGACAAAUUAAUUUAAUCUAUGGUUGAAGCUGGGAAAUUGCUUAAAAAUCUUAGAGCAAUAUCUUUUUCUGGAUGUAGAUAUAUAUCUGAUAAAUCAAUUUAUUUAUUGUGUGAUGCUCAUUAUACAUUAACAAAUUAAUUAAAAAGUUUAGAUAUCUCUAAUUUACCAUAAAUAACUGAAUCUUCUUUGGAAUAUUUAACAAAUAAACCUUUGAAGAAUUUAUCAGAUUUGAAUUUGGCUUAUUCAACAUAGAUUUAAGCUGAACAUUUAAAGAAAGCCUUUGAUACAGGCAAAUUUAAUUAAUUAAAAUACUUAGGAAUUAGUGGUAUAAGUGAGAAUGGAGGAUAAACAGAUAUAUUUAAAUUUAGUAUACCAGAAUUGUGCACAUAUUAUAUCAGAAAUCACUUAUCUGAAAUUUAAUUAAUAGAAAUUUAUACAUCAACAAAAAAUAUUUAAAAUAUAUCAACAGUAGUUUUAAAUUUAUUGUAAACUUAAAUUCUCACCAAAAUAAUAACAACAGAUUAAAUUAUUUUAGAACCAGAAACAUAUGAUUUAUUUAAAAGUUGUGUUGGUUGUGAACGAUUACUUCUUAAUAAUAAACCACUUUAAUUAGACAAUUAAGAUAAAUGUGAAUAGAAAAAUUAAUUAACAGCAAAUUAAUUUUAUGAGAAAUUACUCAAAUAGAAUCAGCAUAUAAUUAUUAAUAAUAAUGAAAUAAAAUUUAUAAGAUUAAUGUACAAUUUUUAGACAAUUAAUAAAAUUUGCUUUAAAAAAACUGAAAUACUUGAUAAAGAUAUUUUAGGUAUUUGUUAAAAUUUGAUUUUAACUGAAAUAAAUAUAAAAAAAUGCAAAAAAUUAACUUUUAAAAGUUUGAUUUACUUAUAAAAAUUAUCAGAUACUUUGAUUAAUAUAGACUUUAGAGGAACUAUAUUUGAAAAUUUAUAUCAAACUUUAAAAUAUCUGCAAUAUUUUCCUUAACUAUUAUAUUUAAAUGGAGGAAAAUUAAAUAUUCAAAUGUAUAUUUAUUAAUAUAUUAUUAAAUUAGAAUAAAUAUUAAUGAAUCAAAUCAUGUUAUAUAAGAAUUAUAACAUUUACCCUCAUUGUGGAUGUAAUUAGAAUAAAUUAAGUCUUUUAAAUUAAUUAUACGUGCUCAUUAUAUUUAAACUUUUAAAUUUAUAUUUAAAACUCUUUCUUUAUUGCUAAAUAAAAAUUAAGACCUUAUUAAAUAAAUGUCUUUGUAACUUUAUCAAUUUAAAGUCAUUUAAGAUAAAUCACUUUAAUUAUUUCAUAAUAGUUUAUUAAAUUUAUAAUAGUUAUAAGAUUUUCAUUUAGGAUUUUAAAGGUUGUAAUUUAUAUUAUAUAUAUUUAGUAUGAAGAAUAUCUCAUUAUUAACAUUAAAAAAUAUGAUUAUAAGUUUGUCAAGUUUAGAAUCUCUAAAAUCACUCUCCAUCAGUUUAGAUGAGUAUAAAAUAUUUUAUAAUUUAGUUGUGAAUUAUAAUUUGUAGAUGAAGAUCUGUUUUUGGCAUCCACUAUAUUUGAAGGAAUUAAAAAUAUGAAAUUAUAGAAAUUCAGUUUCUCAUCCAAUGACACUAUCACAUAUGAUCAAUCAAUCUUUUCAAGUCUAUUUAAAUAUAUUUCUGAGAAUGAUACUUUAAAAUAAAUUAAUCUUAGUUUUCAAAGGUAAAUAGUUUUGUAUAAUAAUAAGACAUGGUAUAAGUAGAGAAAGUUUAUCAGAAUUAUUUUAAGCUUUAAAGGAAUUGAAUUUAUAAAGUUUAAGCUUAAACUUUGAAUAAAGUGAAGUUAAAUAUACAAGAUAAAUUUGGGCAGAAUUAAUAGAGGUUUUAAGAAUGAAUUAUAGUUUAUUGCAUUUAGAACUCAAUUUUAAUCAUACAUUUGAGUUAACUGAUAUGGACAUUCUUAAUAUUAUUAAUGAACUAUAUAGUAUGAAAUUAACUACAUCUUGUGUAUCAUUGAUAGGGUAUUUUGGAUUUUAUAUUUUAUAUUUUAGUUGUUAUCAUAAUGAGAAGAGUAUUAAGGAAUUCACUAAUGAAGAUGUUAAGAAUUAUUAAUUUUUUAUAUGA